CGGGGUUCGCGUGUGUGCGCGCAGCCAGAGGAUCGAGCGCGAGCGCGUCACGCACAGGCACGCACGCAGCAGACUGAAGAAGCAGCCCACUCACAAGUUCCGUCCGUCAAUAAGCGUUUGUCGUUUGUGCGCUCAGACGCCCGAGUUCCGCCAUGGGAGGCAAACUGAGCAAGAAGAAGAAGGGCUACAACGUCAACGACGACAAGGCCAAAGAGCAGGACGCCAAGGCGGCCGAAGGGACGGCGCCUGACGACGACCAGGCCACCAAGGACGGCAAAGACGGCCCCGCCGCCGUCCCCGCCGAGUCUAACGACGUGGCGCCCGCCGGCGCCAAAGAGCCGGAAAAGGAGGCCGACGCCGAGCCCAAGACGGACGGCGAGGCCAAGGAGACCCCGGCGGCCGCCGCCCCCCCCAAGGAGGCCCCCGCCGUCAAAGAUGAGGCCGAUGCCAAAAAGACUGAGGCCCCCAAAGCUGAGGCGGAGCCCCCCAAACCGACGGCGGCCCCCGAGGCCCCACCUAAAGACGCCAGCGAGGCCCCAAAUAAGGAUCAAAGCAAAGAUCAAAGCGUCGUUGCUCAAGAAUGAUUGGUGGACGCCCACGGGAAAGCCACGCCCACUUUGGACAAUAACAACAAGAAUCAAGAACCACAAACCCACUGGAGCGACCUCCAUUCUUGCCCCGCCCACACACUAUACAAAAUUAUGAUCCCAAUGAAAAUUAUUGCAAUGAUGUCUGUCCUUCUUGAUCACAUGAUCCCCUAGGCCACACCCCCUCGCACUAACUGACUUCCAAAAAUCCCGAAAGACUCAAAAGAUUUCCUAAAGUAGAUUUUGUACAAAAAAAAAAAAAAGUAACAUUUCUACGCUAGUUUGGAAAACCGAAGCUUUAAUACGCAACUCUGAUCUUCUUACAAUCUGAUUCUGGUCUGAUUCUAAUCUGGUUGUGCUCUAGUUUCAUCUGACUAUGCUCUGAUUCUAGUUUGCAAUCAGACCGGUUCUGGUCUGGGACUAGUAUGGUAAUCUUCUGGUUCCAGGCUAGUUCUGGUCCUGUUCCGAUCUGGGCACUAGUCUGCUUUGGUUCCAAUUUGGUAGCAGUCUGUUUCCAGCCUAUUUCUGUUCUGGUCUUAGAUUAAUUCUGACCUAGCAAUGGUGUAAAUUGCUUCUAAUUUGGGGAUUAGUCCGUUUCUAACCUAGUUCCAGUCUGGUUCUAAAUUGUUUCUGAUCUGGUUCUAAUUGGGGGUCUGAUUUGGUGCAACUGUUGUUUGGCUCGAAUCUGGUCAGCAUGAGACUAAUCUGAUUCUGACUUCUGAUCUUUUUCCCAUCUGAUUUUGGUCUGGUUAUAGUGUAUGAUGAGUCCGAUACCCGUUUGGUUCUAAUUUGGCUUUAGACUGGUCCUAGUAUGAUCCAAAAUUAAGAUAGUCUAGGACUUGUCAAAUUUUAAAUCGGUUGUGCCCAGGCUCUAGUCUGGUGCUGCUCUAGGUCUAGAAUGAAACUAGUCUAGUUUUUGAAAUGGUUUUAGUCCAAUUUGAGUUUGGUUCAAAUUGGUCCAUUCCUAGGACUGGUACAGUUUCAACAUUUGUUCUGAUUUGGGUCCAGCAUGGUUCUGGUGUAAUUUGAGUCUUGUUAUAAUCUGGUUCUGGUCUGGAUUUGUGGUUCUAAAUAUAUUCUGAUCUGGCACUGGUUGAUUUCCAAUCUUUUUUUGAUCCUGGACUGGUUAUAGCCUAUUAUGAGUCCAGUACCUGCUUGGUUCUAAUUUGGCUUUCGACUGGUCCUAGUCUGGGACUAGUGUGGUUCUAAAUUGAGGUAGCCCAGGACUUGUCAAAUUUUAAAUUGGUUGUGAUCAGGUUCUAGUCUGGUGCAGGCCUAGGUCUAGUAUGAAACGAGUCUAGUUUUUAAAAUGGUUUUGGUCCAAUUUGAGCUUGGUUUCAAAUUUGGCCUUUCUUUAAACAGUUGUUCUGAUUUGGGUCCAGGAUGGUACUGGUGUAAUUGGAGUCUUGUUAUAAUCUGGUUCUGGUCUGGAUUUGUGGUUCUAAAUAUAUUCUGAUCUGGCACUGGUUGAUUUCCAAUCUUUUCUGGAUCCUGGACUGGUUAUAGCCUAUUAUGAGUCCAGUACCUGUUUGAUUCUAAUUUGGUUUUGGACUGGUCCUAGUCUGGGACUAGGGUUGUCCUAAAUUUAGGUAGUCCAGGAAUUGUCAAAUUUUAAAUAGGUUGUGAUCAGGUUCUACUCUGGUGCAGGCCUAGGUCUGGUAUGAUACUAGUCUAGUUUUUAAAAUGGUUUUGGUCCAAUUUGAGUUUGGUUUCAAAUUUGGCCUUUCUUUAAACAUUUGUUCUGAUUUGGGUCCAGGAUGGUACUGGUGUAAUUGGAGUCUUGUUAUAAUCUGGUCCUGUUCUAUAUUUGUGGUUCUAAAUAGAUUCUGAUCUGGCACUGGUUUAUUUUCAAUCUCAAUUGGAUCACAUUCUUGUCUGCAUGACUCUAGUAGGAAAGAAGUCUGGUUCCAAAUUGGUCCCGGUCGGGUACUACUCUAGUUUGGUUGUGGUCUAGUUCUGGUCAGCAAGGUACAGGUAUGGUUCUGGUCUAAUUUGACUUUGGUUUUAAUCUGGUUUUGGUCUGGAUUUGUGGUUCUAAAGUGAUUCUGAUCUGGCACUGGUUUAUUUUCAAUCUCAAUUGGAUCACAUUCUUGUCUGCAUGAGACUAGUAGGAAAGAAGUCUGGUUCCAAAUUGGUCCCGGUCUGGUAAUACUCUAGUUUGGUUGUGGUCUAGUUCUGGUCGGCAGGGGGACAAGUCUGGUUCUGGUCUAAUUUCAGUCUGGUUUUAAUCUGGUUCUGAUCUGGAUUUGUGGUUCUAAAGUGAUUCUGAUCUGGCACUGGUUUAUUUUCAAUCUCAAUUGGAUCCUGCGUGAGACUAGUUGGAAAGAAGUCUGGUUCCAAAUUGGCCCCGGUCUGGUACUACUCUAGUUUGAUUGUGGUUUAGUUCUGGUCGGCAGGGUACAAGUCUGGUUCUGGUCUAAUUUGAGUCUGGUUUUAAUCUGGUUCUAGUCUGGAUUUGUGGUUCUAAAUAGAUUCUGAUCUGGCACUGGUUUAUUUUCAAUCUCAAGUGGAUCCUGCGUGAGACUAGUGGGAAAGAAGUCUGGUUCCAAAUUGGUCCCGGACUGGUACUACUCUGUUGUUGGUUGUGACAAGUCUGGUUCUAAAUAAGUUCUGAUCUGCUUCUAGUCUGGUUCUGGUCUUGUAGUCUUGUUUUGUUGCACAAAGAAGAGACUGGCGGCAGCUCGUUUCUAUGACAACCGUCCUCAUCUUUCACCUGGUACGACCCCCGCGCGUCAAUCCAGACGUGCCGUGCGGCGCCAUGUUCUAAACUCCCUCCUUCGCUCUCGGCGGGGAAGCCGGCGUGUGUUUCGCGGUCGCUCCGGUUUCCCCAAAACAGGAAAACAAGAAGACCACCAACAAGAAUGAGAGAUUGACGUUUCAAAAUUGUGUGUUUACUUGUCGAAAUGGUGCAACCGUCGAAAUAAAAAAAUUUAAAAAAAAGGAAAAAUAAAAAAUUACCAAUUGA